AAAGCGAAAUGUAUCCGCGUUUCGUUAGACAUUAGGUCGCAUUUGCUUGUUGCUGUAGGAUAGAAAGAAAACAUUCCAUUGCCUGUUCAUCAUGAAAAUAGUAAUCUGGUUUUGCCUGCUUGGCUGUAUGGCGGGUGCCAAUGGCUUUCUCCAUAAUUUGCUAAAGGGACGAGACGAUUCAGCAAGCCCUCUCGAUGCAUUAAAACAUCCAAAGGAUCUUGUUGGCGGUUUAUGGGAAAAUUUAAAGAAGGGUCUUAUGGAUAUAGCGGCCCUUUUCGGUGUCGGCGAUGGUAAAACUGAUGAAGAGGACUCAACGACCGAAUCUUCGUCCUCUGAAGAAACAACAACGGAUGAAACAUCAGGAGCCAUAACAACGGAGGCCUCAACUACAACGGAGGCCUCAACUACAACGGAAUCCGAAUCAAAAUCUAUAGAGGAAACUACCACAGAAGAUUCAACAACCAGUUCCAGUACGGAAUCAGGAUCAUCGGAAUAGGAAAGUAGCUCCAUUUAGCUCCAUGAGGAGAGAUUCUAUAGCUUAACCUUCGCAUCGGAUAUUGCUCGUCAUUGUUUGCUUCUCAGCUGCUUUUAACCUGGUAUUUAAACAACGGGAAUAAAAGUACAAGUAGCUGUCACCAUAUUUUACGCAGCGUGUGUUCAUUAUUUACGCAUAUGUUGGGGAACCUCGAACCAGGGCUAUCCAUAUAAAGUUCUUUCCUCAUCAGUCGUUGAUUGGCAAUGUCUCGGUUUAGUAACACCUUUAUCAUCCUAUUUUUAACGAUCCAAUUGCUGGACUUGGUACUGCCAGCACCCAAUGGAAUAAAUCUAAUAGAUAAUCCCGAUAAUCAGCUCGUAAGUUUUGAGAUGGAAGUCGGUCGACAAUCUGAUCUUUUGCUGCCCAAACUUGAGCUUCAGUUACUGAACACACAACAACAACAAGAUGGUGUGGAAGUUCUUCGCAUGCAAUUAAUGCAGUUAAACCUACUGAAGUUGUUGAUUGCCUUGGACCUCCUCAUCUUGAUAAGCAUUUAUUUCUGCGCCAGAGAAAAGAAAUAUAAUUCAGUGCAAGCCGUGUGA